CUAAAAAAAAAGGGGGGGGGGACUUUCCAAAAGGCAAGAAUCGUCUGCCAACUUGCCAGCCCUUUCCACCGGGUUUCUAAUUUUUUUUUUUAAGGUAAAGAAAAAAAAAGAACACCGCCACCUUUUAUGAUCUUCCCUUUUAUUUCCGUUUCCAACUAUUUUCUCAGCUGAGUUUUGUACGGAUCGCCUUCCAGGUCAGUAUCUUACUUUGUUUGGAACGUGGAGUAAAAGAAAUGUCGACUGGAGCGGUAAGAAGGGUUUCACGUCAAGAUAUACAGCUGGUUCAAAACCUUAUAGAACGAUGCCUUCAACUCUACAUGACACAGAAGGAAGUUGUGGAAACUCUGCUGGCUCAGGCCACAAUUGAGCCUGGUUUUACUGAACUUGUCUGGCAAAAGCUUGAAGAAGAGAAUAGAGAAUUCUUCGAGGCUUAUUAUCUGAGAUUGAUGGUGAAGCAACAAAUAAUGGAAUUCAACAAGCUGCUUGAGCAACAAGUGCAAUUGAUGCAUCAGAUUCAUCCAACUGGAGUUUCCUCGAUCCCUAAUUCUAAUGGACCUCACAUGCCACCGAUGCCCCAGAACUCAUCCUGCUAUGCCCCAGAGAACACAGGACAAGCUCUGAAGCAGGAGAACAUGCACCAUCCCAUGGGAUACAGUUUGCCUAAUGUAUUCACUAAUGGUAGUUUGUCAUUGCAUGCUGGAAUGCAUUCUCCUAUUGAGCUGCCUACCCAUGCCAGCAGAAUUGAAGUCCCACCAGCCAUGCUUUCAACUCAGAGUUCAAACAUGGGUCUUAUGCAAGGAAUAAAUGGGAAAAUGAUAAAAUCAGAAGCUGGUUAUUCGGGCAGUUCUGCUGACAUGUUUGGUGCCGAGAGCAAUGUUCUCGAGGCACGGCCAACAAUUGGAGAUACGUCUUUCAGUACUGUAGAAUCAAGCACACAACCACUGAAUGAACCACUUCUGGAUGCUGACAUUUCUUCAUUUGGAUUUUUAGGCCAGAUCCCUCGCAGUUUCAGUCUUUCAGAUCUCACAGCUGACUUUUCUCAGUGUUCAGAUAUACUGGAGAGCUACCCCCGGUCACCUUUUUUAGCAACAGAUAAUGAAAAUUUCCUGGAUUCUCAUGAAAGAGAACAGCAAGGAGAUAACAAAAGGUUGGACACCAUAUCCGAGGGAUUGAGUUAUGAAGAUUUUAGAAAUGAAUAGUCCUACAAUGUCGAUGGUAUUGAUUUACAAAGAUAUAUAUAUUUAUUUAGUUUCUGUUUUCAUUUAUUGGCUGUGCUAGCUACUGUUUUGGAAUUUACUUGCAUGUUGGAUCCUUUCGAGACGAUUUUUUUGCAUCUGCUAAGAUUCAUUUCUGCCAAUGUUAUUGCAUUUUCUCAGUUUCAUUUUCUUUUGUCAAUAGAUUUUUCUGUUUUGUAUUAUAUCAUAAAACAACCAAGUAUUACUUAAUCUUUGAUUUGAGCCUUGAAUAUUUUCAGUUAAAUAUUUGUUCAAACUAUUACAAUUUAACUAUGAGAUCUAGAAAAUGUAGUUGGUUAUCUGUUUUUCACCUCUUGUUCUUUGCUUGACUUUUUUUUUCUUUAUCGUCUAGUAAGUUACAAAAAGUAGUUUGAUAUUCAGCAUUUUGAUACUUUUUUAUGCUCUCCUUUUCAACUUUAAUUAAUUGCAUUUGGGUUUUAACACAAUGAUCUAAAUAUCUAAUUCAUUCUUCAAUAAUAAAUUUGAUGAGCUUCUUUCAACCACAAGAAAAUGCUCACAUAAAUUGAAGUGAAACUACUCUUUUCACUGUUUCAUAUUUGUCCAUUACCAUGCGAUGUCUUCUAUAUUCACUUGUGCACAUAUGCUAGUUAACUGAAGAAUGCUCAUGGUUAUUGUUUGAGUUCAAGUAAUGGAAUGGGUUAGUCAUUUUAUUACAAGGUAGUCAAUGUGAUCAUAUUUUGAUUCUUGUUUCUCUCAACUUACAAUGCAGUGUUAGUUUUAGACUGCUUGUUUCUUAACUAACAAAAAUUCUCUGCUGUCACUGCACAAGCUUAGUGAGAAAAGGUGAUUGGUCAUCUUUUAUUAAGAAAACAACCAAGACUUUCAUGUCAUAUGUAUUAAAAACAAAAAAGAAGAGGAAAUAAAAAGCAGUAUGAAAUUCUGAAGGAGUUAUUAAUAAUUUAAGCAUUAUCAUUAGUUUUGUGUUAUCAAAAUUUUCUUCCUUGGCAUUUUUGUUUUAUUUGGUGGAAAGCAAUCACUUA